ACCAAAAUGAUGCUCGCUUCCCUUCCCUCUUCCCUUCCCUUCCCGUACCUAUUAUUAGGUGAUUUUCGUGGACUGGCCUGGUUUCAGGUGGUUUUAGCUUUAUUUAGGGCAGAGUUGGUGUGUUUGAUCGCGAGUGGAUGGGUUCGUUCGGCACUAGUCGUUCCCUUCUUUCUUCCUGUUGAUUUAGUUUAGACUACUUACCUAGUAGUUUAGUUAGUGCUAGUACCGUACCGAGGUUGUUACCUGACCUCCAAUCACGUAUGUAUGGGCAUGUAUGGUAUCAUCACACGGGUAUCAAAAAUACACACCAUGAGAACAGACGGGUACCAUAUGGCGUAAUUUCCAAUGGCGUCAUUCGUACCGUGGGGUAUGUGUAUUACAUACGACCGGCAAAAAAAAAAAAGAAAACUUCUGAAGGAAGCUCCGUUUUACAGUACUGGAUGAUUAAUGGGAUAAAAUAAAAGUGCCAGAUAUCUAAUAUCUUCCAAAAUUAGAAAUCAGCCAACAGUGAAACGUAGAGUUACAGUCCAGCAGGAGAUGAAGCAGUGUCACCGUAACUGUGGUCCGGUGAGUCACUUUUCAGUACCGUCGAUGCAACUAAAUGAACUUCUGGGCGCUAUGCGAUAUGCAUAAUGCAUAGACUAAGUAUUUCUCAGCGGGCGUGAGAAAAGCUCAACCACUGAUAGUUCAGCGUUCAACUGAUCAGAUCGGAAGAUAAAGUUUCGGCGGAUCAGAGCCAAAAAGAAAAAGGAACAAAAGUGGUUCCUGGCGGAUGUUCCUGGAUGCUCUAUCGUUGGAAACCAUGGGACAUCGGGUGGUGGGUCAGGAACGCUCCAACUAAAGCGCUAGAGCAAGGAAUGGCUGGCUUCAGAGCUGAAAAGUUAGAACAACAGGCGGGAUAAAAAAGAAAAUAUGGCGAAAAAA